AUGGCUGCUACUCCUGCUGCCGCUCCUCUCCCCGCGACGCAGCGCGCCGUCGUCAUGACGGGCAAGCGCCAGCCCUACGCCGAGAUGGAGGUGCCCGUCUUCGCCCCGGAGGCGGGCGAGGUCGUCGUGCGCGUCGAGUGGACGGCCUCGACGCCGCUAGACCUGCACCGCGCCGACGGCGGGCUCCUCGUCCCCUCGUGGCCCGCGCAGACGGGCGGCGGCGGCGCGGCCGGCACCGUCGUCGCCCUCGGCGGUUCUGACGCCAACGACGCGGCGCUCAAGGGCCUGCGCGUCGGCGACAAGGUCAUGGCCUUUGCCUUCCACGGCGGCAAGGAGGCCAACCACCAAGAGUACAUCACCAUCCCCGCGUACCUCGCCGGUCGGGUCCCCGACGGCGUCUCGCUGCAGGAGGCGAGCACCGUGCCCGUCAACCUCGUCACCGUCUUCCACACCGCCACCACGGACCUUGAGCUCGAGCUGCCGUGGCCCAUCCCGCAGGGCUGGACGCCCGCGGCGGCCGACGCGCCCAUCCUCGUCUGGGGCGCGAGCAGCAGCGUUGGCAUCUACGCCGUGCAGGUGCUGCGCCACUGGGGGUACAGGCAGGUUCUGGCCGUGUCGAGCGGCAGGCACCACGAGUACCUGCGGCGUGUGGGCGCGACGGCCUGCUUCGACUACACCAAGCCCGACGUGGUGCAGUCCAUCCUCGCGUACGCAAGGGAGAAUGGCAGCGGCGCCGGGGAGCCGCAGGUCCCCUACAUCCUCGACUGCAUCGGCUCGCUGGAGGGGACCCUACGACCCCUGACGAGCAUCGCCCAGCGCGGGAGCCGCGUGGCCGUCAUGCUUCCCGUUAUCCUCAAGGACACCACAGAAGAGGACGAGCCCGAGUAUGAGAUGGACGUCUCCAAGUGUCUGCCGGACAAGUGGACAGAGGGCGUCAUCCUCAGGGGCGCGAGGACACACUUCUAUCUCCAGAACGAAUUCUUCAAGGAGAGGUUGCAGCCUGAAAUCAUGCCUGCCUUGCUGGCGGACAAGAUCAUCGAGCCCAACAAGCAGCGCAUCGUCGAGGGCGCAAGCAUGGUGGAGAGGGCACAAAACGCGCUCAGCUUGCUAAGGAGCAAGACGGUGAGCGGCGAGAGGUUAGUGUGGAAGGUCUCGGACUGA